AUGAACGAUGAUGAACAAUAUUUUCUUGAAAUAUCAUCAAAUGAACAACAACAAACAAUUGAAAAACUUCUUAAAAAGUCAAAUUUAAUAUCAAUUGAUAAUGAUAAUCGAUUAAUCGUUAAUAUUGAACAUAUCGAUAAUGAUUAUCUAUUAAAAUCUUCAAAAGAAACUUCAAUUCGAAUACCAGAUGAUAAUCGUUUAUACGAUAAAUUGUAUUCAUUUGAAAAAGUAUUAAAUAAAUAUCAAGUAUGUUUAGAUGAAAUCAAUAUUGUUCAUAUAUGUGAUUUUCAAUCGCAAUAUCAAUGUGAAUUAUUUGUUAUUUUGUCAAAAAUUCUUUAUUCAAAUUAUUCUCAUUUGAAACAACGUUUUUUGAUAUUGGCACCUGCUGUCAAUGGUGAUGAUCGACCAUCGACAAUAUAUGAUGAUUUAUCUGUUGAUAAUUAUAUGAAAGAAGUGUUGGCAAAUAUUGUUAACCAACGUACUGCAGCAAGUCCGUUUAUACCAAUGGCUGUAUUUAAAUUACAAUUAAUGUGUCGAAAACAAAAUUCAAUUGUUCAUCUACGAUCAAAUAUUGAAACAAAUCAUGAUGCUUUAUUUUUGCUAUAUACUGGUGCUCGUUUAAUUUCAAUCUUAAAUAGUUAUGAAGAAAAAUAUAAGAACGGUCUAUAUCCAGCUCGAGAAGUAUAUGAGGAUAAACUUGAAAAUAUGUUAACAAGUAAAGAUGAACAAGAUUUUUUAAAAUGGAUUAAUUCAUUCGAAUCUCGUUUUCUUAUGAAAUCAUUUACUGAUACAAACAAAGUUCAAGUUAAUCUUGAUAAGAUUUUUCAAGAACUCAUCUUAUUUUCUCGACGUUUAAGUCCAUAUUAUUCCAAAGUUCGAAUAUUAACAGAAAAUCAAAGUCAUUUAUUACCAAUCAUGUUUGCUCGAUUAGAACUAAUCACACGAAUUGUUCUUCUUUUUCGACGAAUAUUAUCAUUUCUAGCCAUUCCUUUAAUUGAACGAAUGUGA